AUGCUCGACCUUUCGCUUCUCGUUCAGGGAGCUGCGUACCUGGCGGGAACAUGGAGCGUCUUCAUCUUUCUGGUCCAGUGCAUUGGUAAUACGAGGAUCUUCACAAAGUACGCCUCCCGGCCUCGUCCAGCUGUAUCCUCGAACCUACCCUCGGCAGAUGUGCCACACAUCACGAUCAUCCGUCCUGUCAAGGGCCUAGAAACCGAGCUCUAUCAGUGCAUCGCCUCCACAUUUCGACUCGACUACCCGCGCGACAAACUGACCAUCCACCUGUGCGUCGCCGACAAGUCCGACCCUGCCUACGCUGUCCUCGUCCAGCUUGUACGAGACUUCCCUGGCUUCGACGCCCGAGUUCUUGUCGAGAAGGAAGACCCUCUGCUCCAUGGUUCUGACGGCCACGUCAAUAAUCUGGGUCCAAACCCCAAGAUCCGGAACAUCAGCCGGGGCUAUCGUGAGGCGAAAGGAGACCUCGUCUGGAUAAUCGACUGCAACAUCUGGGUUGGGCGGGGUGUGGCAGGGCGCAUGGCGGACAAGCUGCUGGGCCUGCAACAUGACGGGAGUCGCGCGACGCCCUACAAGUUUGUCCACCUGCUGCCCUUGGUCGUGGAUAUCAUGGGGCUCUGGGACCGUACUUCCGAGUCGCAAGCCCUUCUACCUGCUUCCUCGGAAACUGGUACUUUCUCUGAUUCGGCAAAAGUCAAGCGCGAUCAGUCUCUUCUCCCGCAAAUCCAACACUACGGCGGCGGUCGCUUGGACGAAAUGUUCAUGGCGACCACCCACGCCAAAUUCUACAGUGCCAUCAAUACGGUCGGCGUCGCACCCUGCGUCGUCGGCAAGUCCAACAUGUUCCGCAAGUCCCACCUCGACAUGCUUACGGACCCCUCGCGGAAUCCCGACCUGCCCACCGACAAGAGCCACCCAACCGGCAUCGACUACUUCUCGGAUUACAUCUGUGAGGACCACCUCAUCGGUGAUCUUCUCUGGCGAUCAAAGCUGCCCGGACUUCGCAACCAUGGUCUUGUCUUUGGAGACAUUGCGAUUCAGCCCAUGGCCGACAUGUCGGUGCAGGCCUACAUUGCACGCCGAGUCAGAUGGCUUCGCGCGAGGAAGUGGACCGUCAUCGCCGCCACCAUCGUGGAGCCUGGUGUCGAGUCACUUUUGUGCUGCUCCUACUCUUCCUUUGCUAUCACCACCAUUCCCUGGUUCAGCCAGACGUUCGGCAUCCCUCAGACGUGGAGUGCCAUGGGACUCGCAUGGCUCGCAUCGGUUACCCUCUGGAUGAUCGGAGACUGGCUCGCCUACAACAAGCUGCAUGCUGGAAAGACGGUUGAGGUUGACGAAAACACGCCCAGGUUUGCGAGGGGCACCGGCAGUCCCGGCGGGGGCACCGCGCCGACCGUUCCACGAGUGGCUACCCGCGUGGAUAGGGCGCGAGCUUCUCGCCUUGCCAAUCUGGACCUGGGCCGUGCUGCUUGGGACGACCGUGGUGUGGCGGGGUCGGACUUUCAAUGUGCGCAUGGACAUGAGCGUGGAAGAGGUCGGAGACGAAUCCAUCAGCACACAUGGUUCGUCCACCGGCGUGAAUGCGCAGACAGAAAAUGCUCGUUCUCGAAGCAAGAAUAG